AGUCUGCUCGUCCUUACAACACUACACAAGUUUCAGAUUUACUGUAAUGCAUCACUAACCGAUGAAUAAUAGCAAUUCAAAUCUAUAACUUAUUUUAAAACCCCACCUCACACCGAUUAAUAGCUUCCAAAUCUACUACAGAUUGUCGUACAAGAAGUUUCAUGUUUGCGCGAGUGACCGCUUAUUAAAUUAAUGAGUAAUUGAUUAAUUGAAAUUAAAAGGUGGAAUUGAUAUUCCAAGAUUUGGAAUCGAUCGUCGGCUGUCGAUUCAACGCUCGUUAACUAAAAAUGGAAUCGAUCACUAAACCACCGCGCUGUACGGUAAACGAAACCGGGAAUCGAUUCGACUCCCGUUUUUGAAGUCGGAUCGACUUCACAACACAGCACCAGCCACGGGGGGCCUCAUCAGCGGGGCCGUGAGCGACAAGGCCCCUUCCGUGUCCUCAACGUUAAUCGUCCUCAAGUCUUCGUUGUUGUUAUCGUCGUCGUCGUGAAUCCGGUGGCGGCGCGGACGAAUCUGCCGCCACCGAAACGCGGCCGCCUCAGCCGCUACCAACGCCGCCGCCAACACCGCCGCCUCAGCCUCCGUCCGUCACCUCCAGCCCUUCGUGGACCUCCCAAUUGAUGUGGUAGGGAGGGAUGAGCGAAUCAAGUGGGAUUGUGCCGAUGGAGAACGUGCCGAUGGAGAACGUGCCGCCAUCUGAGACCCAGGGCCUGACCCCAGGCCAGGGGCACAAACUACGAGAUGGGAUUCCUAUGAGUCUCGGUACUCCUUUCCGUGGCGCUCGGGAAUUACCUCGCUCUCCACUUGCGACCCCUGGACAACCCACGCAGCUGAAGUUGGAUUUCUCAGAAAACUCGGACGUGUCGAGGGAUGCCAGUGCUUUCGAGCGCGUAGCCGAAGAGCUCAACGAUGGUAAAGUGGGAAAAAGGAAAGCAGUGGAGCAUGAGGAGAUGGCGAGUCCUAAGCGGCGCCUAAUCGACUACCCUAAGCCUGGAAACCUGCUCCACCCCGGCCGACAGAUUCCACGGACACCGGCACCAGGAAUCCUGCCAGCGCUGCCGUCUCAGCUCUUUUAUUAUGAAGCGUGUGACAUUGAUCAACAAGGGCCAGUAGCUGGUCAAAGUGACUUGCUCGUCAUGCCUGCAAAACAUCAAACCACGCAGCCUGAUAAACAUAAAAAAGGAAAAGAGAAAAAGCUUGAACCUAUGAAAAUAGUUAAUAAGUUAGUUGAAAAUUUAGCGAGCAACACAAUUCCCACGGGAAGACAAUUACCACGCACGCCGCCUACCGAUGUCCCAAGCUCGGAGGAAACGCCUGCACCGACUCUUGAACAGACAGCUGCUCCUGGCGGGAGACAGAAUAAUUUGCCAUCGCAAGCUGCUUGUGAAACUCAUGAAAAUCCGGCAUUACAGUCGCAGGUGGAGCCAGCAAAUCUGGCGACAGCAGAAGAUAUGCACAAGCUGGAUGGUGCCAACACGAGCAACGCAAUCGCGGCUGAAAUUAUGGAUGACAACCAACGUGGUGUGAACAACCAAGAUGUAGAAAACACAUCGCAGUUUGCUGAACAAUGUUUAAAGGUAUCUUUACCCAACAAUGAGGUGGAAGAUCAAACAACUGGGCAGAUAAACACAAAUGCUGAAGCAAACACCAACUGCAGCAUCCCUUUGACAACAGGGGGUGUUGCGGAAGUGAAAUAUAUGGUGAAGGAACUGGGUGGCUACGAGCAGUGCACCCCAGACCUUGUCUUCCUGGAGCAUAAACGCCAUCUCGACCUCUUAAGCAAGCUGAAGGAGGAGCAUCUUUUAUUGACACGGCAGCAUAAGAAGUUGGCGGAGAAUAAAGAAUAUAUUGUGGCCUCAUUAGAAAAGGUGCAGCAGGAUGCAGAUAAAAUGACAGAGCACGUGAUGAGCACCGUGCAGCAAGCCCUGAAGCUGCAGGGCUCGGGUGGACGUUCCAUCGAGGACCUGGCGGACGCAAUCGCUCUUCUGCCCUCGCUCAACAUAGCACUGCUUCGGCGGCAGCAGCAAUUGCAGGCCGCAAGGGGAAAACAGCUGUCACUUGAAGUGGAGCGACGCACGGCUGAAUUGCUCGCUGAGAAAUCUCACCUGGAGCUGGCUAUCAGAGAGAAGCAGGAAGAAUACCAAAAAGUGGUCGUUGAAGCGUCCGUGAAGCUCCAACAGGAAGAGGGAGAAGUGAAGAAGUUGCAAGCUGUUCUGGAAAGACACAAGCAAAGUGUUAAGGCUACAAAGUUGAAGACAUCGGAGCUGCAUCGGGCGUUGCAGGAGGAUUUGCGCCAGAGCGAGGGUGGGGCGCGCGAAGCAGCGGUGCCACCGCGAGACCCAGAGCAGCAACGAGCCAAGGCCCGGCUGCGCCGACUGAAACAGCGCAAGGAGUGUGCAGAGCGCAGGGAGAAAAUGAUUAAUGACAUGCUUGCAAAACCACUAAGUCUGACGUAUCGCCACCACCAAUCUCGUUUAACUUUGCCUGUAUAGAAAAAAAAGUGUUCCCACACAAGAUUCACAGCUUCUCCAUCCUCUUGCACCUUGAUCUUGUUUCAUGCUGGUUUCUUUCUCCAUUAUCUAAGAGUCAAAAUUGAGAUGUCUUGUCUUGAUGUUUGUUGCUCUUUGGUAGGUCGGUGAGUGUUAAAGAUGUCACACGUGACCCAUGUGUACACACACCCUCCUCAGUCAUUUACUUCCUUACUCAACAGACUACUCUUGUGAUCAUUAUUUUCCAGUCUAGGUAUCCCUCGUUUUUACGAACGUUCGGUUUUGCGACAUGUCGCAUGAACGCGAUUGGCAAAUUAUGGACACAUUUCAAUUCACAAAAUCCAAUUUCCGCGUCAAUGAAUUGUCACACGCCACUUGCCAUGAGAUCAAACACGAAGCACCCAGGAGGCUGCGUCAUGUCCAUUUGUUACAGCGUCACGGUGUCCCUGCAGUGCAACAGUAAUGCCUCCACAUCACCUUGCCAGUAAUUCCAACAUGCAGCAGAUCUUUUGGCUGAGUUACCUGAAAAGGUAUUUUUUUCUUUUAAAAUUAAUGUUCUUUAUGAUUUUUGUAUUGUAAGAGGUGAUAUAGGUGUGUAUUUUUAGGGUAAGAGUGGAGUUGGGAUGACUGAAACACAUCCAUAAUUUAUGUAUUGGAAAAAUCCAUUCCUAUUUACGAGAUUUUUGUUCUCCGUGUUGUCUUUUGAGGAAUGCUUCGUGAUUAUGUUGCCGUUCAUACAUCGGUGUCGUGUCUUGAGACGGAGAAAUUCACAUUUUACUGGAGUCAAAAUGAGGAUGCACCAUCUUGAUUUGGUUACUUUUUGGGAAGUCUUGAGUAUUAAAUGUCACAUGUUGCUUGCACACAACCAUGCAGCACGUUCAUUCAUUUACUUCCUUGCUCAUCAGACUGCUCUUAUCACCUUCAUUUCCAGUACUACUGCAUUGUUCCCACGUUUUUGCAUUUUUCUUCCAAAUUAUGUUGCAGUUGUGAUAUCAGUGUUGUACUUUGAGACAAAUGUACAUCCAGCAAGCAGUAUUACACCAAUUGAGAUGUUUUCACUGUCCUAGAAAAUUGUCAGAAUUAUGAGAUUACUUUUUAAAUAAGCAUCUAAUAAACACAUCUGGGUACAACUCUGCAUCUGUACCGUACCACAGACAGUUCAUCUAACGUCUCCUAAAAAUGUUUAGUUCUCAAGGGAAAUAAUAUGUAUGAUUUGAUAACCCAAAUGUGAGAAUCUGUUUGUGCCCCCACCCAUGUGGCUGCCUGGGUUCAGCCCUGGAUCUGGGCUCUGACUUAUCCUACUAAGACAACCUCGUUGUCUCACACCAAUUUGUCUUGUUUAGAAAAUAUUAGGCUCAGUUGACUUUCUCUACGAACUGAAUCCACGUAGUACGCCAAAUGUAAGCCUUUGAUAGAAAAUGUUUUUAAAUACGGGUUUAUGUUGUCACCAUUGUGAAUGUCAUGAAAUGAAUAUAAACUUGGUCCGUUCGCUUACUGAAAUUGAGGCUCAAGAGAUGCGCGUACAUUUGUUCGAAGUGCAAACUUAGCAAUUUGUACGGCAGAUGAGUGAGAGUUUGAGGGUGAUAGUCCUUGAUGGAUAUGAUGAUGCGUGAAAUAAACGAUGAAUUCUAGAUUUGAAA